CGGGGCUUCUCACGGACUCCCAGACAUGCGCGGCUUGGAGGAGGGGUUGGGACCUCGGCCCACAGCGACCCCAUGUGGGUGCGCGAAGCCCGCCUUGGAGACAGGUAAUCUUUUAACUGAGCCAAUAGGCUACUUGGAAUCCUGUUUCUCUGCCAAAAACGGUACCCCAAGGCAGCCAUCCAUUUGUAGUCAUUCACGGGCUUGUCUGAGGAUUAGAAAGAACAUCUUUAAUAAUCCUGAGCAUUCCUUGAUGGGUCUAGAACAGUUUUCUCAUGUUUGGAUUUUGUUUGUUUUUCACAAAAAUGGUCACUUGAGCUACAAGGCAAAGGUGCAGCCCCCCAGGCUGAACGGUGCAAAGACUGGGGUGUUUUCAACACGGAGCCCACAUCGUCCAAAUGCAAUAGGACUGACCCUGGCCAAGCUGGAAAAGGUGGAAGGUGGAGCUAUAUACCUGUCUGGCAUUGACAUGAUAGAUGGCACACCUGUGCUAGAUAUAAAACCCUACAUAGCUGAUUAUGACUCCCCACAACAUUUGAUGAAGCCCUUAGGGGAUUUUAAUCUACAGAAUAACCGACUUAAACCAAGGACUAUGUCCCAGUCUUAUGGCAAGACUGAUAGCUGUGACCAGCGACAGCUCUCAGGGUCUGAUGGACCCCAGCCCUCCCAUAUAACUAAUGAGAAACAUAGACAUCCUGAAGAUGGAGCUCCAGAAGAAAAUGUCCCAAAACACAGCAGCACAACGAAAAUCCAGCAAACCUGGACUGAACACAGAGAGAUAGCUGUGGAUUUUGGUUUGGAAUCAAGAAGUAGUGAGGGUCGGACUGUGGCAGAACAGUUUGGCCCACCAGGUCAGGAGAAGACCCUUCUGGAGGAAGGUAUAGAUAAGAGGCCAAGGAGUAUGGAAAGCGCCUUGAUCCUGCAAGAAAGCAGCAUGAAGACACAGCAUGUGACUCCUUCCUGCCCUGCCUGGGUAGCUGACAGAGCAUCCCACAGCGAGGUUCCUGCCUGGGUGAAGGAGGCCCCUGCAGCCUCUCUGCAAGUCCGGUUUACUCCUCAUGCUGAGAUGGAUCUUGGACAGCUCAGCCUAGGAGGUGAACCAGGUGCUGGAAAAAAGUCAUUUAAAUAUUUUCAGUCAGCAGAGGAAGCCAAGUGUACCAUCCAGGCCGUGCUGUCAGCUGAUCCCCGGUCUGUGUAUCGGCGGAAGUUCUGCCAGGACCGUCUUUUCUAUUUUACUGUAGACACAGCACAUGUUACUUGCUGGUUUGGUGAUGGUUUUGCAGAGGUUCUAAGGAUCAAGCCAGCUUCUGAGCCCAUUCAGAUAACUGACCCUGAGGAGUCCUUGGUGUCUUUGUGAUCUUAAGAGACUUCAUGUCUUUGGAGUAGCCUCUUCAACCUUUGAACAUGACUUCUGGUUUCCUGUUUAAGCUAAUGAUGUAUUUACUUUGUAUUUACUUUGUAGAACCAUGCAACACUUAGUCAUCUUCCUGCUUUGAUUGAUUGAGACUGUUCAAAAUAUUUAUUUGAAAAAAGGUAUUUAGUAAACUUAAUUAAGACAAGAAACUAAUCACCAUAUAUAUAUUUUUUUAACUUGCUAAUAUACAAGAAUUAAAAAGUGAUAACUGUC